AGUUUCGAUGGUAACUUCAUUGACACCGAGCGCGGGGGACUGUAACGUUCACACACCCGGUCGUUGGAGCCGCUUCAUAGCAGGAGACAGAAAAGAGAUAUUUCAUACUUCACUUUCCCCGUCCAACACCUGUGGAAAUGUUUAACAGUCUUCUCAGGGAAUUUGACGAGGACCCUUUCUUCUCGGAUCCAUUCCAGGCACACAAUACCCGUGUACAACAGAUGAUGCGGAGUUUCUCAGAGCCCUUCGGUCGGGACUUCAUGCCCAGUCUGACUGGAGGGCGGGAAAGGGGCCACGUAUCCGGGGGCCAACUCAACACUAGCAUGGUGCCACGGGAGGACCACAGGGACAUGGAGUCGAAGAAUCCAUUCAGUAUGUUGGACAGCAUGAUGUUUGGCGUGAGGAACAGGAUGGAGGACAUGCACAGAAACUUUGAGAACCUGUCCACAGACUCGAACGGCAACACCAACGCCCACUCAUUCAGCUCUUCCUCAGUGAUGACCUAUUCCAAGGUUGGAGACGAACCCCCCAAAGUGUUCCAGGCCUCCUCCCAGACACGGCGCGCCCCUGGCGGGAUUAAGGAGACUCGGCAGUCCCUGAAGGACUCAGAGAGUGGUCUGGAGAAGAUGUCCAUUGGACACCACAUCCAGGACCGAGGACACGUGGUGGAGAAAAAACACAACAAGAGGACGGGGGAACGGGAGCUCAACCAGGACUUCCAGAAUCUGGAUGAAUCCGAGGCGCAGUCCUUUGACGAAGAGUGGCAGCAAGAGGUGUUUAAAUUCCGACCAUUUGCCCCCAAGUCCCUUCUGGAGGCCCCCAAGUCCCUUCUGGAGGCCCCCAAGCCUAGGGUGAUGCAUCGGGCAGCCCUCACUGCCGCCACCGGCCCCGACCAGGGACGUAGGGACAAAGUAAAACCAAAACCUGAAGGAAGGAAAAUACACAUCGACGAUCUCAAUGUCAAAGGAUCAGGCAUGGUGAAGCAGUAGAAAUGUCUAGCAAAUAAAGCUACGUCAGGCAACAACUCUUUGAUGCUUUUACCUGUCUCCAAGACAAGCUUGGUUUCCAGGUAUUUUGUCUCACAGAAAAUCAGUCAAUGACCCAGUUGUUGAUAUGCUUUUUAGCCUUUCAUUUUCACGCUACCAUGUAAAGUAAAGAACACUUGUCAAGUCAGGCACUUAUUUUGUCAGAGUAGAUCCAUACAAGCCUCUUCCAGAAAGCUCAGGACUCCUGUGGAAGUAGCAUUAAGACAGGCACACAUAAGCUACUAGCAAUUAUAUGUGAUAUAUGAUUUCAGAAUCAUGACAUUGAGCAGACAUAAUUUGUCACAUGUUAUAUCAUUGGGCAUCAGAUCAACAGCAAUGUUAUAUCAGAAAUAUUAUCCUUCUGCUUUUGGAAAUGUCAUGUUCACAUUGUAUAGAUUGCAUCAAAAGGAAACAAAAGUAUAUAUUUAUGCAGUUAGACAUUUGAAGUCCAUAAGUGCACUUAGACGUCAAACUUGUGUGCUUUUUAUGUGUAGUGGCCAUUGUUUUAUUAAUGUAUUUUACCUGCUGUAAUCUUUGUAAAAAAAAUGAUAAUACCCUUUUUAUAUUGUUAUUUGACAUGGGGUUAUCUUGUUUUUCACCAUGCUAUUAAUUUAUAACAUAAAACACAGAAAUUAUG